UAUAUAUAUACAUGACUCUUCUCUUAAACACAAAUAUCUUAAUAAUCAUAAAAUUAUAAUUUAAGUUUAGAAUGUUCAAUUUAAAAUAAGCUAUAACUCUUAAUUAAAGCAAAUUUACUAGAGUUUACGUAAAACUAAUAUUAUAAUUUCAAAUUAUUGAAUCUAAGAAGAGAAUAUAAUCAUGUUAGUUUGUUUCACUAUCAAGCAAAAUAAUAAAAACAAUACGUAAAAUAAAAGGCAACGUAUUUGAAAAGGUCAGAAGGGUAUGGUAUAUACUACCACGCGUUCCCGCAGCUAAAAGGGACCGCACUUUGAUUAUUUCGCUUGUAUAUAUAUCAAUGCUUAUUUCGUCUCAUUUCAAUCACUCACAUCAAAUAUACUCAGUUCAUCAAAUCACUUAUCCAUUAGCUAUUUACAAAAUUUGUUUUACUACUUCGAAAAGUGAGAAAACUUUCUUGUUAUAACACUAUUAUGGCGUUCUUCAAGAUUCUCGUGUUGCUAUUAUUAAACUUCUCUUGUUUCCGUCAAGCACAACUCUCUCCUACUUUCUACGACCAAAGUUGCUCAAACGCUCUAUCAACCAUCCGAUCCUCAAUCCGAACCGCCAUAAGCCGUGAACGUAGAAUGGCUGCUUCUCUCAUCCGUCUCCAUUUCCACGACUGCUUCGUUAAUGGUUGUGAUGCAUCGGUUAUGCUCGUUGCAACUCCUACCAUGGAGAGUGAGAGAGAUGCAGUCCCAAACUUUCAAUCAGCGAGAGGGUUUGAAGUUAUCGACCAAGCCAAAUCUGCUGUUGAGAGAGUGUGUCCUGGUGUCGUUUCUUGCGCUGAUAUCAUUGCCGUUGCCGCUAGAGACGCUUCUGAAUACGUCGGAGGUCCAAGAUAUGAAGUGAAGGUUGGCCGGAGAGAUUCCACCGCUGCGUUUAGAGCUAUUGCAGAUAGUGGCGAUCUCCCCAGUUUCAGGGCAAGUCUCGACGAGCUCUCUGAUCUCUUCCUUCGAAAAGGUCUCAACACUAGAGACCUUGUCGCUCUCUCAGGAGCUCAUACAUUAGGGCAAGCUCAAUGCGUAACGUUCAAGGAAAGGCUGUACGACAACUCGAGUGACAUCGACGCCGGAUUCUCGAGCACACGUAAGCGUCGCUGUCCGGUCAACGGUGGGGAUACGAAUCUAGCACCUCUUGAUCAAGUGACACCAAACUCGUUCGACAAUAACUACUACAGAAACUUGAUGCAGAAGAAAGGACUUUUGGCGAGUGAUCAGGUUUUAUUCGGAGCCGGAGCUUCUACGGACAGUAUUGUGUCGGAAUAUAGCAGAAACCCUUCUAGAUUUGCGUCUGAUUUUGCAGCUGCAAUGAUCAAGAUGGGAGAUAUUCAAACACUCACCGGCUCAGCUGGACAAAUCCGAAGGAUAUGCACUGCUGUUAAUUAAUACAUCUCUCCAAGAAAGUUUGAUGACUUUCUAAAAUUCAUGUUAUUAUUUUUUUUACAUUUACCCAUUAAAUUUGUUUCAUUGUUGCAAUUGUAUGUAACUGAUUUCUUCAAUAAUCCAUUUGUCAUCUGAAUAUUAUUGGAAUAAAAAUUUAUGUUUUUCAUAUA